UGAAAACCUUAGUCUAACUUACACUAUAAAACACAUGAAAAAAAAAAAAAAAAAAAAAAAGUGAUGGCAGAUUUUUUUUGCAUAAACUUAUCUUCAUAGUUGCCACUCCAAUUUGCUCCUUGAAUCUCCUCCACCCAAUACAUAAUCCACUCCUCCAUCACCCACUUCACUACUAAAUCAAACUUAACUCUGUUUUUCUCUCUCCUCCUUUCAUUUCUUAUUCUUCCAAUCAUCGUACUCCGCCAUGACCACCGCUGUCACCGCCGCUGUUUCUUUCCCCUCUACCAAAACCACCUCUCUCUCCGCCCGAAGCUCCUCCGUCAUUUCCCCUGACAAAAUCAGCUACAAAAAGGUUCCUUUGUACUACAGGAAUGUAUCUGCAACUGGGAAAAUGGGACCCAUCAGGGCCCAGAUCGCCUCUGAUGUGGAGGCACCUCCACCUGCUCCUGCUAAGGUAGAGAAACAUUCAAAGAAAAUGGAGGAAGGCAUUACAGUGAACAAGUUUAAGCCUAAGACCCCUUACGUUGGAAGAUGUCUUCUUAACACCAAAAUUACUGGGGAUGAUGCACCCGGAGAGACCUGGCACAUGGUUUUUUCCCAUGAAGGAGAGAUCCCUUACAGAGAAGGGCAAUCCGUUGGGGUUAUUCCAGAUGGGGAAGACAAGAAUGGAAAGCCCCAUAAGUUGAGAUUGUACUCGAUCGCCAGCAGUGCUCUUGGUGAUUUUGGUGAUGCUAAAUCUGUUUCGUUGUGUGUAAAACGACUCAUCUACACCAAUGACGCUGGAGAGACGAUCAAGGGAGUCUGCUCCAACUUCUUGUGUGACUUGAAACCCGGUGCUGAAGUGAAGUUAACAGGACCAGUUGGAAAGGAGAUGCUCAUGCCCAAAGACCCUAACGCGACAAUUAUCAUGCUUGGAACUGGAACGGGGAUUGCUCCUUUCCGUUCAUUCUUGUGGAAGAUGUUCUUCGAAAAGCAUGAUGAUUACAAGUUUAACGGCUUGGCUUGGCUUUUCUUGGGUGUACCCACAAGCAGUUCUCUUCUCUACAAAGAGGAAUUUGAGAAGAUGAAGGAAAAGGCUCCAGACAACUUCAGGCUGGAUUUUGCAGUGAGCAGAGAGCAAACUAACGAGAAAGGGGAGAAGAUGUACAUUCAAACCCGAAUGGCACAAUACGCAGUUGAGCUAUGGGAAAUGUUGAAGAAAGAUAAUACUUAUGUCUACAUGUGUGGUCUCAAGGGAAUGGAAAAGGGAAUUGACGACAUUAUGGUUUCAUUGGCUGCUGCAGAAGGCAUUGAUUGGAUUGAAUACAAGAGGCAGUUGAAGAAGGCAGAACAAUGGAACGUUGAAGUCUACUAAUAACUCUUGUACAAAGAUCUCUUAUUCCUUUUUGUGAAGCAUCUUCUAUAUUUAUCUAUUGCCAUUAUUAUCUCACUGCACCUUGUAGAUAGGUGGGUAAGUUUUUUUCCCCAUAUUGUAAUGACGAUAAGCCAAUUGCAUUUUAGCACCAUAGUAUAAAGCUCUUGUUGGAAGACUACUUUUUCAGCUAAUAUAUACAUGGUUGACAGUCACUUGUA